UCUUCAAGUCACAGACACCAUGCUGCCUCCUGUGGUCAUCCCCAGCAUGUCCUGGAUGCUGCUCUCCUGCCUGAUGCUCCUGUCUCAGGUGCAAGGUGAAGAUUCUGAGAAGGAACUGCCCUUUCCACGGAGCAGCUGUCCCAAAGGCUCCUAUACCUUUGCCUCGCAUUGCUAUGCCAUAUUUACGAGUCCAAAAUCCUGGUUUGAUGCAGAUAUUGCCUGCCAGAAGCGCCCCUCAGGAUUCCUUGUGUCUGUGCUCAAUAGACCUGAGGCAUCCUUCCUGGCAUCUGUGAUCAAGAGAAAUUUGAAAAACUCCCUAUAUGUCUGGAUUGGGCUCCAUGAUCCCACACAGGGCUUUGAGCCCAAUGCAGGUGGAUGGGAGUGGAGUAAUAAUGAUGUGAUGAAUUACGUUGCCUGGGAGAAAAACCCUGCCACCAUCACAAACUCUGCCUUCUGCGGGAGCCUGUCACAAAGCUCAGGUUAUCUGUCAUGGAAAGAUUAUGACUGUAACCAGCAGUUACCUUAUAUCUGCAAGUUCAAGGCUUAG